AUGAGCCUGAGCCUUCCCUUCCUGCUGGCCCUACUGUUCCUCCUCGGCCCAGCUGCAGGGCAGUGGGGGGAUUUGGGGUCCUUGACCUCUGGCCCCAUCCCCACCUCCUUCCCCACCUAUGGCUCUGGAUCCAGCUCUGCCUCUGGCUCUGACUCCAGCCCCAGCCCCAGCUCCUUCCCCACCUAUGACUUUGGCUCCAGCUUCACCUAUGGCUCUGGCUCCAGCUCUACCUCUGGCUCCGGCCCCAGCUCCGGCCCCAGCUCCGUGUCCCAGUCAUUUUCCAAUUUCACUGGCUCCAAGGAUGACCGCGGGACCUGCCAGUGCUCCAUUAUCCUGCCGGACACCACCUUUCCCGUGGAGAGAGUGGAACACUUGGAAUACACAGCUAACAUUCUAUCCGAGAAGUUCAAGACAGAGCUUUCUAAAGUGAAGGAGUAUGUCCAUUUAAUCAGUGCAUAUGAAAAGAAACUCGUAAACCUAACUGUCCGAAUAGAGAUCAUGGAAAAAGAUACCAUUUCUUACACUGAACUAGACUUCGAGCUGAUCAAGAUAGAAGUGAAGGAGAUGGAGAAACUGAUCAUACGGUUGAAGGAUGGUUUUGUUGGAAGCUCAGAAAUUGUUGACCGGCUGGAAGUGGAGAUAAGGAAUUUGACGCUUGUGGUAGAGAAACUGGAGACGCUAGACAAAAACAAUGUCCUUGCCAUUCGCCGAGAAAUCGUGGCUCUGAAGGCCAGGCUAAAAGAAUGUGAAGACUCUAAAGAAAAUGUUCCUGCCACCGUCCCUCCUCCUGCUCCAGGGAGCUGUAGUCACGGUGGUGUGGUGAACAUCAGCAGACCGGCCAUAGUUCAGCUCAACUGGAGAGGGUUCUCCUACAAGUAUGGUGCCUGGGGUCGGGAUUACUCUCCCGAAAAUCCAGGGAAAGGGCUAUAUUGGGUGGCACCUUUGAAUACAAAUGGGAGAACACUGGACUAUUACAGACUCUACAACACACUGGAAGAUUUGCUAUUGUACACAAAUGCCCGAGAGUAUUGGAUUGCAUAUGGCCAAGGCGGUGGUACAGCAGUUUACAAAAACAACAUGUAUGUCAACUGGUACAACACUGGGAACAUUGCCAAAGUUAACCUGACCACCAACACGGUUGCUGUGACUCGAACGCUCCCUGAUGCUGCCUAUAAUAACCGCUUUUCAUAUGAUAAAGUUGAUUGGCAAGACAUUGACUUGGCUGUGGAUGAGAAUGGAUUGUGGGUGAUUUAUGCAACUGAAGCCAGCACUGGUAACAUGGUGAUUAGUAAACUCAAUGACACCUCACUUGUGGUGCUAAACACUUGGCAUACCAAGCAGUAUAAACCAUCUGUUUCUAAUGCCUUCAUGGUAUGUGGGGUUCUGUAUGCUACUCGUACUGUGAGCACCAAAACAGAAGAGAUUUUCUACUACUAUGACACAAACACAGGGAAAGAGGGCACACUAGACAUUACAAUGCAUAAGAUGCAAGAAAAAGUGCAAAGCAUUAACUAUCACCCUUUUGACCAGAAACUUUUUGUCUAUAAUGAUGGUUACCUCCUGAAUUAUGAUGUUUUCUUCAAGCAAGAAUCCCAGCAAGAUGUUUAA